AUGGCGAACGCCUACGCUUUUGUAUUUCUUUGUUUUCUUUCUUUCACUUUUGCCUUUACUCACCCCGGCCUGCUCGUAACCGAGUCCGACAUUGAUCGUGUCAAAACCAAGCUUGCUGCCAAGAAGGAGCCCUGGGUCAGCUCUUGGGACAAGUUGACGAGCAUUCCUUUCUCUGCCUCCGACUACAAAGAUCACGCUACCGCUGAACUCUAUCGUAGCGAGAAUGGCGAAGCUUUGUGGCACGAUGCCGCAGCUGCUUUCAAUCUCGGCUUGCGCUGGAAGAUCACCGGAGAUGAGCAGUUUGCCAAGACCGGAGCGGAUGUCCUUGUUGCAUGGGCAGACAAACUACGGACUUUGAAAGGCGGUGGAGAUGAUGCGUAUCUCACUGCUGGAUUGCAAGGCUACGAGUUGGCCAACGCUGCUGAGUUGCUGCGAGAUUACAAGCCAUUCGCUGACAAUGGACUUGACCGUGUCAUCUCGAUGAUGAACGAUAUUUUCCUGCCGAUGAACAUCGACUUCUUGAACCAUGUCCUGGGAUCUCAACACAAUGUCAAGCACUUCUUUGCCAACUGGGAGCUAUCCAACAUUGCCUCUGCGCUUGCCAUUGGCGUUCUUACGGACAACCAGACUGCCUGGGACUUUGCUAUCAACUACUUCAAGCAUGGCGAGGGCAACGGAGCCAUCAACAAUGCCAUCACAAACCUUGUUAGUGAGCCGGGCACCGGCACGGUUCUGGGCCAGGGACAAGAAGCUGGCCGUGAUCAAGGCCAUUCAGCCCUCGUCUUUCAACUUCUAGGAGCCAUUGGACAGCAGGCUUGGAACCAGGGCGAAGACCUCUUUGCCUACAACAACAGCCGAAUCCUCCUUGGUGCCGAGUACUUUGCCAGGUAUAAUCUUGGAAACGAUGUCCCCUUCGAGCCCUAUACGAAUGGCAUUGUCUCGUUCACCGAGAUCAGCGAGAAGUCUCGUGGCGCUGUGCGACCUACGUGGGAGUUGCUCCACACUCAUUACGUACAGAUCAAAGGUCUUGAUGCGCCUUGGACGACUGCCUAUCUCAACAAGUCCUUGGAGUUCUUUGGCGGGUACGAAGGAGGGGCCGGAUCGUGGGGUGAAGGUUCGGGACAUUACGAUGGACUUGGAUGGGGAUCACUGCUUCAUCACCUGGACGAGGCUGAUGUCGACCCUCCAAAGUCAUCAACUGAGACUUCAAUCCCCACAGCUACCGCUUCUCACUUUGCCAAGUUCCACACUCCAAGCGGCGGCUACCGAGGGUACAACUACGUCUUCACCAUACGUGACUGA